AUGACCGACCCCUGCAAGCCCCAGGCCUGUGCCAUUCAAAGCUGCUUGACGAAAACGGGAUUCGACGAAAGCAAGUGCACGCAGUUCAUAGACCAGCUGUACGAGUGCUGCACCAAGUUUUACCAGGAAAAAGGACCCGACGCAAGAACGCCGUGUUGUCCCGUCCCGCACCUGCUUAGCCUCAAGCUAGAGCAACGCAACAAGGAGCCUCUCGACGCUCGACUGGUGUGA